ACUCGUUUGGCAAUUUCCUUCUAACAACAAACGUUGCUGAUGCUGGGAAGAAGGGGGAGUACCGGAGAGUGCUCACUCAUAAAGCAUCCCUUUGUUACCAUGGUGACGGGGGAAUGACAAUGUUCCGAGUGAGCCACAUCUCUGUGAGUCGGAGGCAGCAAUGGUCGUCUACCCACCACGCCUUCUUUGGUACCGUCCAGCCCCGAGGGAAGCAGCCAUGCUUUAGGGGGCUCUUUCUGGGGGUCAUAGCAGGGAUCCUGUUGACCAUUGGAAUAAUGUUAACCUGGAUAGCUGGAUUAAGUGGUAUUGUUGAAGCAGGACCCAUCUUGAUUGGUUUUUCUCUCAUAGUGUUCCUUGUCGCUUCAUGUCAAUUCUUACAAGCCAGAAAAGAGCAGCUUCUGGAGAGACAGGCUGAGGAGCAGAGAAGACAAGCUUUAGCCACAAUGGCAGUAAAUCAAGACGGAGAAGAUCCCCCCGAGACUGUCAUCAUCGAGGCCCUUACUCCAAGUGAAAUGUACAGCAGCACUGAUAACAAUGCCCCACCAAGCUACAUGGAGGCCACCGAAUCUGAUCUGAACCACUCAGUUCUUCUGCCUGAGGAAGUGAAUGAGCAGAUAGAAGACCCACCUUCUUACGCAGAGGCAAUGAGCACUUCCUGUGUAGAGAUCUGUCCAAGGGGGACAACUCCAGCCAGUGUGUGCUGGAUCCCUCCUUACUAUCCACAUUUAUCUCCCCCUGAACAUUGUUAUUCAAGUCUCAGUGGACCUCCUAUAAUGAUGACAUCAUUAGACGGAGAAGACAUGGCGGACACUGAGGCUCCAGUAAUUAUGACAUCAUUAGAUCGUGAAGGAACAGAGAACAAUGAAUCUCCGAUAAUUAUGACAUCAUUACAUCCUGAAAGAAUGGAAAACAAUGAACCUCCCAUAAUUAUGACAUCAUUACAUCGGGAAGGAAUGGAGGACAAUGACCUUGAAAUUAGUUCAGAUGUGGAUGAAUUCUCAGACACAAGCAGUUCACACAGACCCAGUGAAGAAGUCCAGAACUAGACCCCUGUGAUUCUAGCUGUUUAUAUUUUUGUAAUGAUACGUAGGCAGUGUAACUUUAUGUAUAUUAUCAGUACGGUCAUAGGUUAUCAAAAGGGCUCUCCUGCAGUUAUUGUGAAUCCAAAGGCAUUUCUUGAUGAAUUUACAAAAGAGUGAUGAUUGUUAAACAUUGUAAAUCACUUCAGAUCACAUACUCAGUAGUAUAUUUAAAUCAGAACACGGGGGGACAUCAAUCUGAUUCCAAUAUUUUGUAACAGAUUAGGUUGGGUUGUGUUGAAUCGCCUUAUAUACAGUCAGUCGCAGAACAAAGUCUUUUUAGAUAAUCUUGUUGCUGAUAAGACAAAAAUCAAACUGAUUUGAAAAAUUUUGUCAGAUAAUGUUGUUAUGUUUCCUACAGGUUUGAUUGGGGAGAGUGUGCUAUUGAUGUAUAUACCGAUAUGUAUUUGUUGUUAGUUCAGUGGUUGUGCUGUCAUUUUGUCAUGUGACCAAAGUACAAGUGACAUAUCAGAAUCCAUUAGAUCAAACAUUUCCAUAUGAUAUUGUUAUAUUCUUGUGAAAUAAGGGGAGGGGGGAUACAGUUUUACAAUAACAAGAUGCCAUUUACAUUUCUUGCCUUCAGUGUACUGAAACCUUUCAGAAUGUGUAUGCUAGUAUUCUGUUAAAUCCAUUGUAAUUAUCUACAUGUACUUUGAUCCCAUUUUUUAUUAAACUGUUUUUACUACAAAGCAAUUCACACACUGAGAUAUUUCUUUUUUAAUAAAUUUUUAAAUUUGACAUAAUACAUUUGCAAAAAUAUUUAUGUUAUUAGGUUUAUUCAUUCAUCACACACUGUAUCCAUAGCAUAUACAAAUCUAUGGAUCUGGCGUGCAUGUACACAUGUACUAAGAACUAAAUAUUUUAUGUGAACAAGUGCCCGUACUGCAGUUAUCCUAAUCUCCCAUACAUAAAUUUCUGUGUUUACGGUAUCAGAUAUCAUACACUUCAUAUAUAGUACAUAUAUGGUUGAUGUGAUAUCAUACAUACAAGUGAACAUUGCUUGAUGUGAAUGUUAUUGAGAUGUUUGUUUGUAUAUAUGUAUAAUCUUAAGUGUUAAGAAUAAGAGAAAAAAAUGAAGACAGAAGCAAUCUCUUUAUUAUAGUCUUUUACAAUUUAUGUCAUUAAACUUAAGAGAUUCUGCUAAAUCCAUUGUUUCAUGUAAAUUCUGAGAGAAUUGUAUACUUUAAGUCAUCCAAAGGCUUGAAUGAGCUGUUCUGAAUUAUUCACCUCAUUGUCUGUUUGUCUGUUAGUAAAUUUUUUGUUUUCAUUAUGAUAAGUUCUUUUACUGGACCAACUUGCCACAAAGCAAGGAAAUUCAAGUUUGUCUAAAUGUAAUGGUUAAAACAUUAUUUUUUUAUUUCAAAUUGACCUUAGGAGAAUUUAAGCUUGUUUUUUUUAACUCACCUGAACUGAGCUCAAGUAAGCUUUUCUGAUCACCUGUGUCCAGCAUCCCUUCUUUUGUCUUAAUGCUGUCUGUCUCUUUGUCCAACCAAACACUUUCAAUAAACAAUACACAAGUAUUUCUUACACUUAACAAACAUGUAGACACAAGACUUCAGAUAUAGUAUCAAUUAACAUUUUCAAGUUUUUUUUUACUCUUGAAAUUCUUUUUAUGAAUAUUUACAACCUAAAAAUGGCAAGUUUUAUCAUAGAAUGAUUUUUCUUUUACAACAUGUGCCACAUCUCUUCCAUUUAAGAUGUUUUGGAAAGGCUAUAAUUUGUAAAUAUCAAGCCUUAUUCAGUUUGCUGUAAACUGAAAUCGAGUAAUGAUGAACUUGAAGUUUUUGUCCAUUUAAAAAGGUUUUCACAUAUACAUAAUGACACUUGUCAGGAGGUAAAAUGUUACUCAGGUGAGCCUUGUGGCCCUUCAGCCUAUAUCACUUCAGUGUAUUUAUUGAAUCAAUCUCAAAUGUUAUUGAUCUACAAAUAAUUAAUUUGCAGUAAAAAUUAGAAUAAUCUUGUGUAAUCCAUGCAAUGCUUUAUAAUUAAAGUCAUAUAAGUUACACAGAGAUAAUGAACUAAUGCAUUCUUAUUUCAAAACCAAACGUGCAUUUAAGAAUAAAUUCCCUUUUUCACCAGAUAAUAUCAUCAAUAUUUAUUCAUAGAAGUAAUCUUGUAUAAAUGAUACAGUUGUGCAUUUGAUAAAAAGCUUUUAGAGUUUAUUGCAUAUAAAUUGUGGAAAAAAUGUUUAUGUAUGGACCAACAUUGCUUGUUACUGGUAUUGUAUACAUGUACAUGUAUUAUCUGAAUUAAGUAAUAAUAAAAUAAAUUAUUGUAAA